AUGUCCUUCUAUCCUUCCGACCCGACCUCCCCAAAUGUCUUGUACGCCCGUUCCCUUUUGGCCUUCAGGAGUUGUGUGACAUGUCCUACCACCUCACCAUCCUGCCCGACUUGCGAUGAUGGCUACACAUGUACUAUGACCAGUCAGUCAUGUACUGCGUGCGCAAGCACACAAUGUGUCAAGUCCCCAACAUCUGGCGACAGCUCCAGCUCCAACAAUUCAGGGGGAGGAGGCAGUGAUGCCGGCGCGAUUGCGGGAGGAGUGAUUGGCGGUCUUGCGUUUGUUGCCAUCGUUACGUUCCUCGUGUGGUGGUUCUUCAUCCGAAAGAAGCGCCAAGAGCAGGAAGCCAGUGAGGGAGAGAAGUCAAGCACCUUCAACGACGCGGCACAGUCGAGAAAGUCGACCCACUCGAUCGCCUCCACCGUCCUAACGCGCGCCUCAAAUGUGAUCCAAAUCGCCUAUAUCCCCGGUGUCACGAACCGCUCGCCCCCAGAAACACCCGGCCACCUUGUGCCACCGGUUCCUCCGCUGCCGGGCGCUCAUCCCGAUCAGCACUUUUUCAUGCCUGGCGACCUCCGCGACUCGACCUGGUCCGAAAUGUCGAACGAGCGCCGAAGCAUUGCUCCCAGCUUGCGCAGCAGUGUGGCCACCACCAUCUACCGAAACAAUGCCAUCGUCAGCCCGAUGCCUGCUCAACAGGUCAUGCGCACGAAAGCUGCCGUGGUCAACAUCAACGGCGCCGAUGCGCCGGCUGUCCCAGCCAUCACGCAAGCACAGCUCGCCAAGGCCGGUGUCACCACUGCCAACAGCAACAGCUCGAUUGUCGCCCGGACGGUUACGGCGAAGCCGGUUAUGGUGAGAGGACCUUCUAAGAAGAAGAAGAGCAAUAAUGCGUCGGCGGCUCCCGGCGUCCAGACCAUCGAUGAGCAGCCGGAGACCGCCAGUGCGGCUGUAUCGAGUGCGCCUAGUACCAAGGGCAAGGACGAGUCGCCUGGGUCGGGUUUUGACGCCAAUUCCUCAGAUGAAGAGGACACCGCCCAAAAGUCACAGACACCAGCAACCAGUCAAACCGAGACGGCUAAGGACGAGACGCAAUCGCGACCUAGUACCGUGAUCGAAGACUCGCCCGCCGUGAGCCAAAGUCCAUUCAAGGACCAACCCGCAGCGACCGAGGCACGAGCGUCAUCUUUGCUCGACAUGCCCGAGGGCACGCGGUCCAACCGAAGCAGUCGACACCUCCCGCCGCGCGUCGAGAGUCCAUUCUCGGACGCCAAUGAGGUGAAAUGA